GGCCGGAGGGGCGUGUCCGCGGGUGCCCUCGCCCGAUAGCGCCCGCCCGCCCCACGGAGCGAGAGACGGGCCCCAACCUUGUCCCCCAGACUCUGCCGGACCCCGUUACCGGCCGCCCUGCCGGGAAGCGAGCGUUUCUGACAGAGACAGGUUGAGGCGGCGGUGCCAGCAGCCGCCUCGCAGUUGGCUCCCAGGCCCGGCAGGGGCUCCCAGCCCAGCCGGCGCGACCCGGCGCCCCCGCGCGCUCACCACCCGGCGCCCCGGUUCCCUCCCGACGCCGACGGGCCCGGGAACCCCGCGGACGUGACGCCGCGGGCGGAAGUGACGUUUUCCCGCGGUUGGACACGGCUCGGUUGCCGGGCGGGGGAGGAGGGCUCCUCCGGUUUUUCUCAGGGGACGAUCAAAUUAUUUUUUUGUAACGGGAGCCGGGCGGGGACGGGGCGUGCCCCGACGUGUGCGCGCCCGCCCUCCCCGGCCCUUCUCCAUCGCUUGCGGGCUUCUGCACGGCCCGGGCGUCAUGCCGCCGAAAAGUACCCGGAGAGCAGCGCCCGCCGCCGCUGCCACCCCGGCCGCGGAACCCCCGCGAGCGCCGCCGCCGCCGCCGCCGCCACCGCCCCCUCCUGAGGACGACGCGGACUCAGACAGCGGCCCCGAGGACCUGCCUCUGGUCGGGCUUGAGUUUGAAGAAACUGAAGAACCCGAUUUUACUGCAUUAUGCCAUAAAUUAAAGCUACCAGGUCAUGUCAGAGAAAGAGCAUGGUUAACAUGGGGAAAAGUUUCAUCUGUGGAUGGAGUAUUGGAAGGCUAUGUUCAAAAGAAAAAGGAACUGUGGGGUAUCUGUAUCUUUAUGGCAGCAGUUGACCUAGAUGAGAUGCCGUUCACUUUUACCGAACUACAGAAAAACAUAGAAACCAGUGUAUAUAAAUUCUUCGAUUUACUGAAAGAAAUUGAUACCAGUACCAAAGUUGAUAAUGCUGUGUCGAAACUGUUGAAGAAGUAUGAUGUAUUGUGUGCACUCUACGGCAAACUGGAAAGGACAUGUGAGCUUAUAUAUUUGACACAACCCAGCAGUUUGAUAGCUACUGAAAUAAAUUCUUUGCUGGUGCUAAAAAUUUCUUGGAUCACGUUUUUACUAGCUAAAGGGGAAGUAUUACAAAUGGAAGAUGAUCUAGUGAUUUCCUUUCAAUUACUGCUGUGUGUUCUUGACUAUUUUAUCAAACUCUCACCUCCUGCAUUGCUCAAAGAACCAUAUAAAACUGCUGUAAUACCUAUUAAUGGUUCACCUCGGACACCAAGGCGAGGUCAGAACAGGAGUGCACGGGUAGCAAAACAACUUGAAAAUGACACAAGAAUUAUUGAAGUUCUCUGCAAAGAACAUGAAUGUAAUAUAGAUGAGGUGAAAAAUGUUUAUUUCAAAAAUUUUAUACCUUUUAUGAAUUCUCUUGGAAUUACAACUUCUAAUGGACUUCCAGAGGUGCAAAGUCUCUCUAAACGAUAUGAAGAAAUUUACCUUAAGAACAAAGAUAUAGAUGCACGAUUAUUUCUGGAACAUGAUAAAACUCUUCAAGCUGAUCCUGCAGACAGUCUUGGAAUUCAGAGAACACCACAAAAGAAUAACCCUGAUGAAGAGGUGAAUUUGAUUCUUCCUCAGACUCCAGUCAGGACAGUCAUGAAUACAAUCCAACAAUUAAUGAUGAUAUUAAAUUCAGCAAGUGAUCAGCCAUCAGAAAAUCUAAUUUCUUAUUUUAAUAAUUGCACAGUGAAUCCAAAGGAAAGUAUCCUGAAAAGAGUGAAGGAUAUUGGAUGCAUCUUUAAAGAGAAAUUUGCUAAAGCUGUGGGACAGGGAUGUGUAGAAAUUGGAUCACAGCGAUACAAACUUGGAGUGCGACUGUACUACCGAGUAAUGGAAUCCAUGCUUAAAUCAGAAGAAGAACGACUGUCCAUUCAAAAUUUUAGCAAACUCCUGAAUGACAACAUCUUUCAUAUGUCUCUCUUGGCGUGCGCUCUUGAGGUUGUAAUGGCUACAUAUAGCAGAAGUACAUCUCAGAAUCUUGAUACUGGAACAGAUUUGUCCUUCCCAUGGAUUCUGAAUGUACUUAAUUUAAAAGCCUUUGAUUUUUACAAAGUGAUUGAAAGUUUUAUCAAAGCAGAAGCCAACUUGACCAGAGAAAUGAUAAAACAUUUAGAACGAUGUGAACAUCGAAUCAUGGAAUCCCUUGCAUGGCUCUCAAUGAAAAUGGGCAGAAAAGGAGAGAGACAGGUAGGAGAGGCACCACAGCACCACUUCACUGUUCAUGAAGUUUGCCUUGUGCAGUUCUUCCCAUAUGGUAUCAAGAGCCUGAACCUGGGUUCCUGUACACAGAAAAGUGUGUUUUACAAGGAUUCACCCUUGUUUGAUCUUAUUAAACAAGCAAAAGAUCGAGAAGGACCAGUUGAUCAUCUUGAAUCUGCUUGCACUCUCAACAUUCCUUUCCAGAAUAAUCACACUGCAGCAGAUAUGUAUCUUUCUCCUAUAAGAUCCCCAAAGAAAAAAGGGCCAACUACACGUGUAAAUUCUACUGCAAAUACAGAGACACAAGCAACCUCAGCCUGCCAGACUCAGAAGCCAUUGAAAUCUACCUCCCUUUCACUCUUUUACAAAAAAGUGUACCGGCUGGCAUAUCUUCGACUAAAUACUCUGUGUUCACGCCUUCUGUCUGACCACCCUGAACUAGAACACAUAAUCUGGACUCUUUUUCAACACACACUGCAAAAUGAAUAUGAGCUUAUGAGAGACAGGCAUUUGGACCAGAUUAUGAUGUGUUCCAUGUACGGCAUAUGCAAAGUGAAGAAUAUAGACCUUAAAUUCAAAAUUAUUGUGACAGCAUACAAAGAUCUUCCUCAUGCUGUUCAAGAGACAUUCAAACGUGUUUUGAUCAAAGAAGAGGAAUAUGACUCCAUUAUACUGUUCUAUAACUUAGUCUUCAUGCAGAGACUGAAAACAAAUAUUUUACAGUAUGCUUCCACUAGGCCCCCUACCUUGUCGCCAAUACCUCACAUUCCUCGAAGCCCUUACAAGUUUUCUAGUUCACCUUUACGAGUUCCUGGGGGGAACAUCUAUAUUUCACCCCUGAAGAGCCCAUACAAAAUUUCAGAAGGUCUUCCAACACCAACAAAAAUGACUCCAAGAUCAAGAAUCUUAGUGUCAAUUGGUGAAUCAUUUGGGACUGCUGAUAAAUUCCAUAAAAUAAAUCAGAUGGUGUGUAACAGUGACCGGGUGCUCAAAAGAAGUGCAGAAGGAAGCAACCCUCCUAAACCACUGAAAAAACUACGCUUUGAUAUUGAAGGAUCUGAUGAAGCAGAUGGAAGUAAACAUCUCUCAGGAGAGUCCAAAUUUCAGCAGAAACUGGCAGAAAUGACAUCUACUCGAACACGAAUGCAAAAGCAGAAGAUGAAUGACAAAAUAGAUACCUCAAACAAAGAAGAAAAAUGAGGAUAUUGUGACCUUGAUGGGAACUGUGUGAACUCUAACUCCAUUGUUUUUCAUAGACCUUACUAUAUAAUGUUCCCAGAUUUUUGUUUACAGCCAUAUUUAAUACUGAUCUUAAGCUCUUUUUGUGGAUAUAAGUGUGCAGAUGCACUGAGUGUUCAUAUAGGAGAUUUCUAACCCAUAAGCAAUGUUGUAGUUAAUAGACUAUACAUUGUCAUUGUUCAAGAUUGAAAAUCUUGUAUAAAUUCUGCCAUUUAAGAAGUUUGUAGCUCUGCUUUACAAAUGGUGAGGAUGUCCCAAAGUGAGAGUUUUAACAACUCAUGCCUGUGUGAGUACUUUGUCUUUGCUUGUAGUAUAGCUGUGAUGUUUUCUAUUAUUUUUGUUAAUUUAUAUUUAUUUUUAAUUUAAUAUGAACCUUAGAAAGUAUGCUUUGUCUUCCAAAUGCAAUUUGGCUGGCUCCCUCCUUACAUUUUACCUAAGUAAUACUGAACUCUUCUACUAAAACAGAUAUUAGAAACUAUUAAAAAUACUAAUUUUUAACAUUAGGCUUUAGUUUACUAGUGGAAUCUGAUGUACUGUGUGCUUGUUUUGUGAAUUUUAGCUUUCAGAUACGAGCAGAAAGCAUAGUGUGAGCAUGAUACUGUCAUACUACUGAUGCAGAUUUCACACCUCAGGACUUGUAAGAAUUUAUUGAUUUUCUUUUUUCCCUCAUCCAACUCGUGCUUAAAAUCAGGGUAAUUAGUAGUGCUCUUGGUUUUUGGGUUUGUUUUUUUUUGCUUGUUUGUUUUGUUUUGUUUUAAAUAUAUAUAUGU